AUAGGCGAAUCCAGUUGCGAAAUACCGCGAAAAUCCGGAUUUCGGCCAGGAUUUGCCGUUUUGGAGAGGAUCCAAGCAUCAAAUCGAGUCGGGAAGGUGUUCAUUCGAUAGAGCGCGUCGAGUUCUAUCUUGAUAUAGCCUUUUCACCAUUUGGUAUAAGCUACAGGCGAAUCCAGUUGUGGAAUACUCGAAUCCAGGUCCAAGAUAUCCUACGUUUCAUCUUAUUGAUUUGUCAGUUGUCAAUGCAUGGUUUUUGUACCCACGCCACUGUUGGCAAAUAAAGCUUCAAAAAAAUGAUAUAAUGUCUUUAUUGACUUUUCGCAUAAAUAUUGCUACUGUUUUACUUAAAUCUAGUCCACCAACACCUAUCAUAAAACGUGGUCGACCAUCAUUAGAAUCAAAAUUAAAUGAAAAUAAUUGA